GGCCAGUACAGGAAGUGUGAGUUUUUAAGUUUCAUUUCUUCUGCGAGGAGCGAGGGACUCAUCCUUUGGUUGACCUGCCUUUAACCAAAUAUCUGAAGAAUAUAAAGAAGAUUCAAACUUGAGUUUAUUCUAAAAGUUGAGAUCAGUAGCUCAGAUGGCCACUCUGAACCCACUGCUCUCCAGGAACCAUCAGAGAAUCAUCUGCUCUCAACUGGGAAAUGUCAAACUGAAGCUGCUCUACAAAGCCACCGUCCACGGCUUUACUGGUGCUGCCUUCCACCAGAGAUGUGACAACCGGGCGCCCACUGUGUCUGUGGGCUACAACACCACUGGUUAUGUGUUUGGAGGCUACGCCAACCAACCAUUCACUCAGACUGGACAGUGGGUGAACGAUAACCAGGCUUUUGUUUUUAGUUUUACUGGUGGAAAACUCCAGAAAUACCCCUGUAUUAAUGCUCCAAAUGCACUCCUAAUGCGAGGAAACUCUGGUCCUAAUUUUGGAAACGUACUGGUUCUUAUCAAUGGAAACCAACAAGUGAUACACAGCGCUCCGGGGAAUUAUUACAACUUCAAUGCUGCAGAAAUGCAUGGAAAUGACCUGAAGCUGACUGAAUGUGAAGUUUACCAGGUGGAAGAAUCCACUGAACUUGAGAAGCCCUGGAGGACUGUCGUCUGGGAAUCUAAGAAGAGGACGGAGCUGAUGGAGAGCAUCAAAACCUACAAACCCACAGUCAGUUCUGUGUCCCAGGCUCGGGUUUUGCUCAUUGGACAGGUCGGAGCCGGAAAGUCCAGCUUCUUCAACUCCAUCAACUCUGUAUUCAGAGGUCAUGUCACCAGCCAGGCCAUCGCUGGCAGCUCUUCCACCAGCCUCACCACUCAGUUUCGGACCUACUCUGUGAAAGCUGGACGAGAAGGCAAACCCCUGCCAAUCAUCCUGUGUGACACCAUGGGCCUGGAGGAAAGCAAAGGGGCGGGGCUUGAUGUGGAGGACAUCAGCAGCAUCCUUAAGGGACAUAUGCCGAAUUGUUACCAGUUCAACCCCACUGCUCCUCUUCAUACUGAGUCUCACGGCUAUCGCAAGUCUCCGGCCCUCAAAGACAAGAUCCACUGUGUGGCUUAUGUUAUUGAUGCCACCAAGGUCUCCAUUAUGCCACCAAAGCUGGAGGAGAAGAUGGAAGUCAUCCGCAGAAAGGUUAACCUGUUGGGGAUUCCUCAGCUGGUUCUGCUCACUAAAGUGGAUGAAGCUUGUCCUUUGGUGAAAGACGAUCUGAGAAACAUCUAUAACAGCGGAUACAUCAAGGACUUAAUGGAGGAGGUCAGCGUCAGGGUGGGCGUGCCGCUGUCCUGCGUUGUUCCAGUCAAGAACUACAGCGGGGAGCUGGAGCUGGACUUGAACUGCGACAUCCUGGUACUCAGCGCCGUCGUCCAGAUGCUCCGGUUCGUCGAUAACCACUUCGAUGACCUCAGUGACCGACUGAGCAGCGCCGAAUGCCACGAUUAAGAAUCUGUAUUAUCAAAACCUGACAGCUCAGGCUUAUCCGUAUGUCCAGGUGUAUCAGUAUUUCUGCCUUUAUCCAAAACAACUGUAGAGUUUUACAUAUUCAAUGCAGCUGAAUAUAUUUUCCUUAUGCAGAUUGACUGCAAGCAUUUCUUUUUGUGAGUUUUGGUCUUGGGAAGUUUCACUACGAUCCCACCUAGAAAUGACUUUACAACUUCAGUUUGAUAAUUUUGUUUCUCAUUGGUUCUUGGACGUCUUUAAAUGGUGGCAUGAUGUUUUAAAAGUUUAUUCUGAGGGUUUGGAUGUAGAUUAUGUUGUUAAACUCCAGGAAAACAUAGCAAAUAUAUCUGCAUGAAACUAAAGCAAACUCUAAUUAGUAAAGAUUAGCCAGAUUAGCUUGCAUGUAUAAAGAUUUGCUGAUAUUUGACUUUCCUGGAUUCCCUAGAAUGUUGCAAAAUGGCGACUCUAGUUUUUCCUCUGUAUCUUUGUUUGGUCCACCCAAGUGUUGUUGUUUACAGUUUACUUACUUAGGCUUUUUUUGAGUUAAAAAAACAAUCUGAGACAGAUUUGAGUUAUUACAUGCAAGUGUCAGUUUAUACAAGAUGGAAAAAAUGCAUACACUAAUAAAAAUGUUGAGAAAGCA